AUGAUAUUUAAAUCUUUAUUAACACUAUCAUCUUCCACAAAACUCCCCUAUAUAAUAUAUUAUCAUUGUGGGAUAAUUAUUGCUGACAUUGUUUUGUUAAAUGAAAACUCUGAUGUAGAUACUACUGAAAGGCGAAUAUUUGAAACUCGUUCUUCACAGCCAACUUCACCUGACAUAAUCAUCAGUGAACCUAAUAAUGUCUAA